GCAGGGUGAUGGGCGCACUGCUCAUGCCCCAUCGCCCUGUCCCUGCUGAGAGUGCAGCGGUGCGGCGCAGCGCGGCUCCGAGGGGGAUGGGCGUUUCGCCUGCCCGCGCCCCGCCGAGAGCGCCGCGCGGCUGCUCAGCAGGGCUCCGAGGGCGACGGGCAUUUCGCCUCCGCCUCCGCCUCGUCGCCCGGGCUCCACCGGGGCUUGAGCGCGCCGCUCUUCCUGCGCCGCCCUCUUCCUCCUGCUGGGCUGCUGAGCCCGCGCCCUCCAUUUGCGGCGUUCCCGGCGCGCUUUUAUCCUGGUGCGUGGCUCAGGCGCACCCGGAUCAAUAAGAUCAGUAUUACCUGAUGUGGCCUCAUGCCAACUGAAUUGCUGUCACGGUUUUCCUGGAAGGGCAGCCCAUACAAGGGAGUGGAGCUGAAACUCUGGCCAAACAAAUAUUACUUUCUCCGUUGCUGUUGGUCAGACUUUGCUACUCUAUCUGAAAACGCAGCAAAGACAAAGAGGGGAAGGAGAGCCCUCCUCCCGGCCAACAGAAGGAGGGAAGAGGGUUAUAGGCUUGGCUCAGCCAAUUCUUCAGCUGCUUAGCAACAGACCCUGAUCAGGAAAGAUCUUCUGAAGCCUCAAGAAGAACAGCCAUGGGUGGUAAAAGUUCAACUCCCCAAGAAUCAAAAGAAAACACAUUUGAUGUCGCCAUCACAGGGGCCUCGGGUACUGGUAAAUCAUCCCUUGUCAAUGCCUUGCGAGGCCUGUCGGAUUUUGCAGAGGGUGCAGCCCAAACAGAUGUGAUAGAAGGAACAACAGAGCCGACAGGUUAUCCACACCCCCUCUUUCCAGAUGUAACAAUAUGGGACCUUCCAGGAACUGGGACCCCUAAAUUUAAAGCCAAUGAAUACCUGCGAAGGGUGAAUUUCAGCCAAUAUGAUUUCUUUAUCAUUGUGGCUGCGGAACGCUUCACCAUUCAUGACAUCCAGCUGUCCCAUGAGAUUCAGAAACUGGGGAAGCAUUUUUACUACGUGCGCUCCAAAAUGGAUGAGGAUAUUAAGAAUGAAAAAAGGAAACCAGACUUCAGUGAAGAGGCAGCCCUUCAAAAAGUCAGGGCCGAUUGCCUUGGUAAUUUGGUGCAGGCUGGUAUUUCUUCUCCACAGAUCUUUCUCAUCUCCAAUUCAUACUGGGAUAAAUACGAUCUCCCCCUCCUGAAAAGGACCCUACAGAAUGAAAUCGAUGACUUUGAGAGGCGUGCCUCUGUGGCACAAAAGGAGAAUCCCAAGAGCUCAACUGAAACACCAAGGAGUCCUGGAUUUGGUUCUGUACUCUCAGAGGCCGUCUUAAAAAUUGACCUCGCAAAGCUGAAAGAUGCUGUGUCACAGAGAAGUCUCACAGAGGUAACAGGUGAAAUCCGUCGAGAAUUGGAUGCAUUAGAAAAUGUCAGACUUGACAUUGCAAUAACAGGGGUGUCCGGUGCUGGUAAAUCAUCUCUUGUCAAUGCCCUGCGGGGCAUGGCUGAUUUUGAAGAUGGAGCUGCUGAAGUUGGGAUAAUACAAACAACUAUGGAGGUACACGCCUAUCCGCACCCCUUAUUUCCAAAAGUAACAAUAUGGGAUCUACCAGGUAUCGGGACUCCAGAAUUCAAUCCAAAGGACUACCUAAAGAAGGUUCAUUUUAGCCAGUAUGAUUUCUUCAUCAUUGUUUCCUCAACGCGUUUCACUGAGAAUGACGUCCUGCUAGCUCAAGAAAUUCAUAAAAUGAACAAGAAGUUUUACUACGUGCGCACCAAAGUGGAUGCCAGUCUAGAUGCUCAAAGAAGGAAACGAGAUUUCAGUGAAGAAGAAACGCUUGAGAGGAUAAGGAAAUAUUGCUGUGAUAACCUCACAGAGGCAGGGGAAUCUAAUCCAAGGGUUUUUCUCAUCUCCAGGUGGGAUUUGCAUAUGUAUGACUUCCCACUCCUGCAAGAGGCCUUGGAGAAUGACCUGGACGACCUCAAGAGACAUGCUUUGAUUCUGGCUAUGCCAGUUUUCUCGAGAAAAAUCCUAAAAAAGAAAAAGGCUGCGAUGGAUGGCCUUAUUUGGAAACUAGCCCUUGUGUCCUGUGGUAUCGGAGCAAUUCCUGUCCCUGGCCUCUCUCUUGUUUGUGAUAUUGGCAUAUUGGUAACAGGGCUGCUACUUUUCUACUAUGUCUUUUGUUUGGAUGAAGAUUCCCUCCGUAGAGUUGCGAAAACGGUCAACAAGGAUUACGAAGUCUUGAAAUCUGCUAUCAAAAAGUGUCCGAUGUCCAGCAAGAUCACGCCAGAACUUGUAACAGGUCUCUUGGCCCGGUCAUUAGUGUGUGCAGCACUAGCAGGGGUCGAAAUAGCUUUUUAUUUUGUACCUGUGUUGGGUUCUCUGGUUGGUGGAAUCACUUCUUUUGCUACCACAUUCUAUAUGCUGAAGAGCUUCCUGAAGGACGUCGUGGAAGAUGCUGAGAAUGUCCGGGCAAAAGUGGCUGAGCCUUGAGUCUUCCGAUAUCACCAUGUAAGGAUCCAAGACAACUAAUUGGGAAAUAGAUCUCAGGCAGUUAUGCACAGGAUCAGAACUCAAGCGUGGGAGGAAAAGUAAAGUGCAUUUGAAUUUCUGAAUGGAAGCUUAUUUUUUUCUUUAAACUGAUUUUCUUUGAACUAUUUUUCUUUGACACCGUUAACUGAACUCUUUAGAUUGAAAUACAGAACUUUUCUUUCUA